AUGACUAUUCAGUUACAGCACAACGAGAUUGUAUAUUGCGGCGAUAUACGAAUUCCACUUUGUGCCACAAGCAUCAGUCAACGAACCAUAAUCGAACCUGCACAAGUGGUAUGUAUGUGUGCGCAUUGUCUUGACAUUCCUGAAGGGAUGCGUUCAGUUGUGGUCGAAAACGCAUUCGACAAGGAAACCAACAAUGAUCUGGACAACUAAUGGAAUACCUGGGAAGAGAAGAUGAAACGAGAACCAGCCUCCAGGUGUUUCAUUAAGAAGAAAAAGAAAAAGAUCUUGGCAAAAUCUUCUCGAUCUGCAACUUUACUUAACGAUAACGUCUUCAUUUCGUAGUAAGCGCGAACACAACGUGGACAUGGAAUAUCGAUAUUUAUUCACUACAUAUGUAUAAAUAAAGUAUAAAAGUACCAUAGACGAACGGUCGGUAAAUUCAAGAUAAUAUUCUCAGUCGCUGAUUGAUCAGGAAUGCCAAUGUUAAUGAGAGUUAAUGGCAACCGGUGCAUGCUGUUUACGAUACUGCAGCACAAUGUGAAGCAUGCAGCCAUACACAUAUAGAUUCUGUCGGAACACAUCUGUAUCUGUGAUCGUUCUCUUGAGCACGUGAUGAAUUCGAGGAGAUAGUAUAAGAAAAUACACGUCGCCGUUACUUCUGAAAAAUCAAUGGUUUAUAAAAUCCAGACGUGGCAACUAUAUAUGCGAUCGCCUAGAUUUAAUGAAAUUCGAAGCGUAUCAAAAGAUAAAUUCACUUGAAAGUUGAGCUCUUUGUUCGGGGCAUAGGGUGUGUGUCGUGAAUGUUUCGCGUGUAUCUGCGUAUGUAUGUAUACGUGUGCCUCUUUGCGAAGAGCUCUGAGCCACACAGAUCAGAAUUCGCUUGAAAUAUUUUGCAAUGAACGCUCGUUACGGAACUCACGUGAUAAGCGUAAUGCAGCGAUCUAUCGGUUUGUGUUUACGGUGUUGUUACAUGUCGUUUCAUAGCUCGCGGUCAUUUAUCGAACUACGAUUGCCCAAGAAAAAUACGCGCUCUAGUACUCUCUAUUCAGUUACACGUACGUGCGUAGUCGUCGCCACUUUUCAAUGAAAAACUUUUAUGUAAUUCGAGUGAGACACGGCAUUCACUAUAAGACAACUUGCAAGUGAAUC